GUUUGGCGUUUCCUAGCCUACACCUACAAGUGACGCCACCCUAAGCCGUUGCCGCUCUAUAGCUUCAACGACAUGACUACGCUCCCUGACAUCUCUGGGCCCAAGCCGAGGCUUUUCAAGCGGCUCGGAAGGCUGUUUCAUUUUGGCAAUUCUAGUCGUCGGGAGGCUGAAAGCUCGUCUCAGACGGUAGACUCGCCAGUCGCAUGGCCAACUGGUACUCCGUCGCACUCAGGGUCAAACGUGAAAGCGCCGGCCUUCGAAGACCGCUCAGUGCGCAUGUCCUCUAACGAGAUUCUUAGUACGUCACCUCGCGCGGCGCCGCUACCUUCUUUACCACAAGGACAUAGGGACAUUCAACUCCGGGCUCGUCUUGCCGCUGCCUCUGAGCACGCCUUACACAGAAGAUUCCAGGCAGCGCCUGGUCCCUUAAACAGCAACCUUGUUAGAGGCAUCAGCGUCGACUUCGAGGCCAACUCCAAAACCCAAUCCACGCUCCAACAGCCGAACUCGGCGGUACCCACGGCUUUAUGUGGCUUUUCAAGGAAAGAUGCCACCGGAGGUAGGAUGAGUAGCAGCACCAACUCGUCUUUUUCUUGGCAAGGUGCCAGCCGCGAGUCGGCAUCACCGGGGAAAAUCCGACAAGAAGCGUUUCCAGCAGUUCCCCAGCAUCGUCCUACGCUGCUUCUGUCAUCGGCUGGAGCCCCACCAGAAAUGCAACGCCCUUUCUGGUCUUUGGCGGACUACAGCAUUACUAAAAGGCUUUACAAGGGGGCCGGCUCUUCCAUCUAUCAGGCCACAUGUAAAUGCUCUGGUACAACAGUCGUCCUCAAGGUCUACUUCCUUUCCAGAAUUCCCUUCAAUUCGUUCCACAUGAUUGCUCGGGAGGUCAAGAUUCAUGCUGACCUGGCGCACAGCAACAUUAUCAAGUUGUACGGCGUUUUCGAGGAGGAAGGGCGGCUGGUGAUGGUGCAGGAGCUCGCGACCCGCGGGGACCUGUUCGGCG